ACGACUGGACGAAUGAAGGCGAGGGUCCAUUUAAGCAUCUUGCACAAUCUUUCCAACGCAUUUCUCUCUUUCUCUCUCUUCCAUUUUCUCUCUCUAGAGUCUCCUCAAUUAUCGGAUUCAAAGAUUCAAUCUUUCUCUUUGCAUUUCUUCUUUCAAUGAAAUUUACUAUCUUUUGAGUGAAAAAACGUUUAUCUUUCACAUGGAUGUUCUUCUCUACCAGUCAGCACCUUCUCAUGUACGAUCACAGUUGAUAGAGAAAAAAUCAACUUCACCGGGAUUGCAGCCUUCUUCAGGGGAGAAAACGCAAGUCCUAUGUACCCCAAGGAAGCAUUAUUUAGUGAAAAACCUAUAUUAUCAAGAAGCUUCUGGGUCACUUAACUCUAUUCAAAAUCGUCAGAUUGCACCAAGAGCUUUCAAUGAAGGUUUUAGCAGGACUGUGGUUGGUGGGGAACAGAGUUUGGAAGAUAUAUCAGAUAGUGCAGAUUCAGUGCCAAAGGUUCUGAUCCCAGGGUUGCCAGAUUAUUCAACAGGUGAAUCAAGUACUUCUGUAAGUAGUUGUUAUUGGGAAUGGAAACCAAAACUUAACGUGCAUUAUGAGAAAGCUGGAUGUGAGAAUGUAAAUUCCCCACCAGUUCUUUUCCUUCCUGGAUUUGGUGUUGGCAGCUUUCAUUAUGAAAAGCAGCUGAAAGAUUUAGGGCGUGAUUUUAGAGUAUGGGCUCUGGAUUUUCUUGGCCAAGGCAAGUCAUUGCCCAUUGAAGAUCCUGCUCCUUUGUUGAAGGAAGUGAAUCUCUCUAAACAGAAGGAUGAGACAUGGGGGUUUGGAGAGAAAGCCGAACCAUGGGCAGAAGAACUUGUUUACUCUGUUGAUUUGUGGAGGGAUCAAGUGCAGUCUUUUAUUGAGCAGGUCAUUGGUGAACCAGUUUAUAUUGUGGGGAAUUCACUUGGAGGAUAUGUUGCAACCUAUUUUGCAGCCUGUAACCCUCAGUUAGUAAAGGGUGUUACUCUGCUCAAUGCAACGCCUUUUUGGGGUUUUCUUCCAAAUCCUACAAAAUCUCCUUUGCUAUCUAGGAUGUUUCCUCCAGCUGGAACUUUUCCUCUGCCUGCUAAUGUAACUAAGCUUAUGGACAUAGUUUGGCAAAAAAUGAGUGAUCCGGAAACCAUAGCAGAGCUGCUCAGGCAAGUUUAUGCAGACCAUUCAACAGAUGUUGAUAAAGUCUUUUCUCAGAUAGUGGAGACAACAGAACAUCCUGCUGCUGCUGCAGCAUUUGCCUCAAUCAUGUGUGCUCCCACCGGUCAACUAUCUUUUGACGAGUCUUUAUCAAGAUGUCGAGAAAGGAAUGUUCCUGUUUGUCUCGUGUAUGGGAAAGAAGAUCCAUGGGUGAAGCCCUUUUGGGGACAACAUGUGAAGAAGCAACUUCCAGAAGCUCCAUACUAUGAAAUUAGCCCUGCAGGUCAUUGCCCUCAUGAUGAAGUUCCUGAGGUGGUAAAUUAUUUACUACGUGGUUGGAUCAAAAGUGUAGAAUCGAAGGGUUCUAUCACACUGCCUCUGCUUGAUGAUCCAGAGGCUGUCCAAUAUGAUCUCACUAAGGACGUGGAAUUUAUCAGGGAAGGCUCUAAAAAGUUAGUAAGAGUACGCUUUUUUGGCUCACAGUUUUCGCUUUGGAAGCUAAUACAGUCUCAGAUCAAAGAUAGAUUUAGGAACUUAAGAUUGAAACCUCAAUGACGAAGCCAUGCACGUGUUUUAGCUGCAACCGCUUGUAGAUAUGUAAAUUUGCCUUAUUCUUGUAAUUGAACAUACAGGAUGUAUUACUGAUUAGUAAUCAAUGCCUGUGAAAUUCGUACGCAUGUGCAGAUGAAUUGCUUAAAUGCUUAGUGUGAUGAAUCAGGGAAGAGUAUAUCUGUAAUCUGUCCUAGUUUGUAAGUACAGUGAUUUGUUAGGAUAUUAUGUUGACCAAUUGUUGAGUAGUCACGAGAACCACAUGUGCGAAGCCUACAUGAUUUGGGCAUAGGACUACUUUGAAUGGAACUAUUAAAAAUAUUUAGUACUCCCUCGGUCUCCUUUA